GCGAUACUACUUGCACGCAGUAGUUCAAUCCUGUUGCAUCAGGCAACCCAAACAGAAGGGUUUUUAAAUUUCAUUCCUCUGUUAUGUCUUGUGUCAGUCGGAGUAACGUAGUUGAAAGGACAAGUUUGAAUUGUCAAAUCGGAUUAAAUUAAAAAAGUGUCAAUUGUAUUUGAAAUUAAUACAUGUAUGGAUGAAUAUGAGUGCAUUGAAGAGCGUUGUUAUUGCAUUUCCUAAAGGCUUUUCAAAAAGCUCUACUAUUGUGCCCACCAACGAGCUUGUCAGAUCGGUCUCUAAAUUUAAUUUUUCUACAUCGUAUUUGACUAACAAAACGGAUAUGGAUAUUACGAUGAAAAUACCUAAACAGGAAGAGCUUCAAGAAGAUGGGGCGUUCUUCAAACCAGAUGUUUGUAACGGUAGAGGAAAGAAACGUCGUCUUGAUCAUCUUACAUGGGAAGAAAAAUUACAGCGAAAAAAAUUAAAAAACAGAGUAGCAGCACAAACGUCGAGAGAUAGGAAAAAGGCGAAAUUGGAUGAAUUGGAAGAGACAGUGAGAAUUUUGAAACAGAGGAACGACGUGUUGAGCCAAGAAUGUACUAUAUUAAAGUCGCAAAACGAGUUACUUGUCAGCGAAGCCAAAAAAUUGAGGAGAGAGAGGGAAACAAGUAAUAUGAGCGAGCAACUAUGUUCAUCGUGUCAGGCACGCGUCAGUUGUCCUGUACCUUCACUGGGAUCUGCCGUAUCUCCACAAAACCCUCUGCCGCAGGGUGGGACAGUACAGUCAAUGUCGUCCCUGACACUAACACCAGGAGCAACCAUAUUACUGAAAAUUAUGACCCUCUACCUCCUCUCGAAGAAUUAUUUGGAGAUCUCCAAGGGGAUGAUUACAUCGACAGACUCGAAGAACUUGCGGAAAGCCUUCUUCGAGAAGUUACCUCAGAAAUGGAAACAAAUACUCAUAGAUCAGAUGAACAAGUUUCGGCCGAAGGAAAUACCCUUAAAAAAUCUGACAAUACAGAAAGAAUGGUGGGGGAGACAUCAAAAAAUGUGGAAGCCGAUACAAUCGAUGAUAGAAGCCUGAAUGGUAGUAAUUCUUGGCAUUCUAAAUGUAGUGCAGAUGUUGCACAGAUUGUUCCGGAUAAUUCACGAACAACAUCGAUUGUUAUUAAAAAUGAAAUAGAUGUUAAACAAGAGCCGGAU